AUAUUUAGUACUCUAUGCAUACGUCUAAAGAUUCGAUGUGACGAAAAAUCUUGAAAAAUUUUUGGAUUUUGGGUGGAAGUAAACAAGGCCCCACAUGAAAAAUGAAAGCUCUAAAGUAAAGAUCCCAAUAUCCAAUGGCCAUCCGAUCCGAUCCAACCACAACCUGUAUAGAUGCAUAAGGACGAGGAUGAUGCUAAUAGAUAUCCCGUUUUUUUCUCGUAGUCUCACUUAAUGAACUAAAUAUAAUUUUUUAUUUUUUUCAUUUAGUUUAUUAAAUAAUACUAGAAAAAAACCACGAAUAUUUAUUAGGAGCAUCAUCUCCAUCCUUAUAGACGCACCACUAACUAGCACUCUGCCGUUCUGUUUCUCUUUCUCACCCUCUAGUAGACUUAUAGAGAGAACCUGACGAUGGAUGAAAAAUGUGAUCGAAAUCGAACGAGAUGAAAGUGACAACGAAACAAAGCUGGUAAACCGGGGGAGGGAGUAUCGCCAUGUGGGUCACGCGAAAGCUCACGGCCUCCCUCUCCUAGCCCAGAGACUGAAAAGUGUCCCUCCCGCCGCUUUGCGACCACAGGAAGCAAAUAAAUUUCCACGCCAGUCGGCCUCGUCUGCCGUGACAGGUGGCGGCACGCUGAACCCGGAGCCGACCCCGCUCGCAUAGUGCGCUCUGAUUGUCGCGUCGCUGAAUCGACCCCCGCAGACCGACGACUCCCAAGUUUCCCCGUUCUUCUGGCGUGUACGAAGGACUGGCAGUACGCCACAAGAUUUUCACGCCGAUCCCAGCUGGUUUCUUAAAUUCCUACUAGUGCAGGCAGAAGCGCAGGAGGAGGAGCGCGCCGCGGCAGCGUGAGCGACGCCACCACCCAAGCGGACGGGCGGUAAUGGACGCCGCCCACCACUCGCCGCCGGACGCGCAGCCGGAGAGGCACGGCAGCUUCAACUACGACAUCGAGAGCACGGACGGCCCGUGGCGCGGCGCGGGGGCGGGGCAGGACCGGUCGUCCGAGGCCCUGCUGCGGUACGACGACCGGUACGACGACGACGGGCCCCGGCAGCCGCUGCUGCGGAAGCGAACCAUGAACACCACCUCCCAGAUUGCCAUCGUCGGCGCCAACGUCUGCCCCAUCGAGAGCCUCGACUACGAAAUUGUGGAAAAUGAACUUUUCAAGCAAGAUUGGCGAUCAAGAAAGAAGAAGCAGAUAUUCCAGUAUAUUGUUCUCAAAUGGUCCUUGGUUCUUCUUAUUGGCUUGUGUACUGGACUUGUUGGCUUCUUCAAUAACCUUGCAGUUGAAAACAUUGCUGGGUUCAAACUGUUGCUUACAAGUGAUCUAAUGCUCAAGCAUAGGUACUUCACAGCAUUUCUGGCAUAUGGAGGUUGCAAUCUAGUCUUGGCAGCUACUGCUGCAGCGAUCUGCGCUUACAUAGCACCUGCUGCUGCUGGGUCUGGUAUCCCUGAAGUUAAAGCAUACCUUAACGGAGUUGAUGCUUAUGCUAUAUUAGCUCCAAGUACACUGUUUGUGAAGAUAUUUGGUUCAAUACUUGGAGUUUCAGCUGGAUUUGUACUUGGAAAGGAAGGUCCCAUGGUACAUACAGGAGCAUGCAUUGCCAACUUACUUGGUCAAGGGGGGUCACGCAAGUACCAUCUGACAUGUAACUGGCUCAGAUACUUUAAGAAUGAUAGAGAUAGGCGGGAUUUGAUUACUUGUGGCUCUGCUGCUGGGGUUGCAGCAGCAUUCCGUGCGCCUGUUGGUGGUGUGCUCUUUGCUCUUGAAGAAGCAGCAUCAUGGUGGCGAAGUGCUCUUCUGUGGAGAACAUUCUUUACAACUGCUGUUGUUGCUGUUGUGUUGAGGGGCCUGAUCGAGCUCUGUCGUAGUGGAAAAUGUGGUCUCUUUGGUCAAGGAGGGUUGAUUAUGUUUGAUCUUAGCUCAACCGUCCCGAGUUACAGUACCCAGGAUAUCAUUGCAAUUAUUGUCCUUGGAAUAAUUGGUGGGGUAUUCGGGGGCCUGUUCAACUUUCUCUUGGAUAGGAUUCUCCGAGCCUAUAGUUUUAUCAACGAGAAAGGUGCUCCAUACAAAAUUCUUCUUACCAUUACAAUAUCGAUCAUCACAUCAGCAUGCUCUUAUGGGCUACCUUGGCUUGCUCCAUGCACUCCAUGCCCUGCUGAUGCGGUGGAGGAAUGCCCGACCAUAGGCCGCUCUGGAAAUUUUAAGAAUUUUCAGUGCCCACCGGGCUAUUACAAUGGUCUUGCAUCAUUAUUCUUCAACACAAAUGAUGAUGCCAUCCGCAAUCUAUUCAGCAGUGGCACCGAGAAUGAGUUCCACAUGUCCACUCUUUUCGUAUUCUUCACUGCUAUUUACUGCCUUGGCCUUGUGACAUACGGUAUUGCUGUUCCAUCUGGUCUCUUUAUCCCUGUUAUACUUGCUGGGGCUACAUACGGGCGCAUAGUGGGGACCCUUCUUGGCCCGAUAUCAGACCUUGAUCCUGGACUAUUUGCACUUCUUGGUGCGGCAUCUUUCCUCGGUGGCACAAUGAGGAUGACUGUAUCAGUCUGUGUGAUACUUCUGGAGCUCACCAAUGACCUCCUUAUGCUCCCGUUAGUCAUGCUCGUUCUUCUGAUAUCGAAGACUAUAGCCGACAGCUUUAACAAAGGGGUUUAUGAUCAGAUUGUAGUGAUGAAAGGUUUGCCAUUCCUGGAAGCUCAUGCCGAACCACACAUGAGGCACUUGGUUGCUGGCGAUGUUGUGUCUGGGCCACUGAUCUCCUUUUCAGGCGUCGAGAGAGUGGGGAAUAUCGUUCAGGCGUUGAGGAUCACAGGCCACAACGGAUUUCCAGUGGUCGAUGAGCCACCUCUGUCAGAGGCUCCAGAACUUGUUGGGCUUGUGCUUAGAUCCCAUCUGCUGGUCUUGUUGAAAGGCAAGGGCUUCAUGAAAGAGAAGAUGAAAACCAGCGGUAGCUUCGUGCUGCAAAGAUUUGGUGCCUUCGAUUUUGCCAAGCCCGGCUCAGGAAAAGGCCUGAAGAUUGAGGACCUGGACUUCACUGAUGAGGAAAUGGACAUGUACGUCGAUCUCCAUCCAAUCACAAACACAUCGCCGUACACGGUGGUUGAGACCAUGUCACUUGCAAAGGCCUCACCUGCUCGUUGUGCCAAAGACCCCAGGGAUACCUCUAAUUGUUGGAAUCCUGACGAGGCACGAUUUCAUGCCGGAGCAUAUUCAUGGGCUGUUCCCAGAUAUACACAAGUCGCACUAAUGGAGCACUCAAUCAGCACCAUAUUUUGUUUGCCGUCGCCUUGUAGCUUUGCUGUACGAAAACGAAGCUGCUUUUGUCCAAUAUUUGCUACCAGCUAUCUAGCCUUUUGUUUUCCAUUUUAUUGUCUUCUGGAGUACUUCAAAAUCAUAUAAUCACUGAAGAAUGAUAUUGUAUUUU